AUGACCCAGUCGACGCUUACGCGGACGAUACAAGCCUCUCGUGUAGCCAAUAAUACUGGGACAAUCUUUAUAUCGACACCUUAUGACUACGUCACCCAGUACAACGGCACAGAUGAAGGACCAAACGGUACUGAAACUUUCACUGUUACCUCACCACCAGCCGGUACGCCACCUGUGGGUGUCCUUGCUAUUACAACCCCGUACCCUUACAUCACUACGACAGGUCCAUACCCUGGGCAAGGUGUCAUUACCGCUCCAGUAACUUCUAUUCAGACUCCAAGUGGAUCGAAUACUGUUGGAACUGUGCUGGUACAAACUCAAGCGCCACUAGUCACGGUGACUUCAGGGUAUCCAGGAUUAGUAACCACUACUUCGACUGUUGUGCUCCCUAGCGGGACAGUGCAGGGCACAGUUGCUGUGCUGACACCAUUCCGAUAUACCACAAUCACUACGUCCUAUGAUGAGGGCCCAAGUGGGACAGACACGCUCGUACAAACAAUCCUACCAACUUCUGCUGAUACAGGCACCGUCAUCAGUUCUCUACCUUAUCCAUACGUCUCAAGCACUACCAGCUACGAUGCCGGCGUUUCAGGCAACUUGACGCUGACUGGGACAAUAUUGCCUGUUCCAAGCAGUCCAACUGGCACGAUCAUUGUCUCACAACCAUUUUCGUACGUUCAGAGAUUAACAAGAUAUGAUGGUGGACCCGGAGCGACGGCAGUUAGAGUCCAAACCAUUUUUCCAAACGGGACGGGUCCUGGUACUAUCAUCACAUCUGUUCCGUACGACUAUGUCACGAUCACUUCUGACUACGAUGGCGGCCCCAGUGCAACAGCAACCUCCCAGUCUACAAUCCCUCCCGUGGGUAGUGCCAAUGGAACGGUCAUUAACUACACGCCUGAUCCUUACACCACUAUCACGACUAAUUACGAUGGUGGGCCGAGUGCUGUUGCGACCCUUGUCAGCACAGUCUCUGCCGCGGCCGCUGGCGGAACCGGCACAGUAGCUUUUUCGACACCCUUAGUCUACCUUACAACAACUGUUGGCUAUGAUGCCGGGCCUCGACAAUUCGAGACCAUCACAGCGGUCUUUUCGGCUACCAACGGUGCCGGUGCAAGCGUUGUUGUUUCAACUCCGCAACCGUACAUCACGAUUACUUCUCAGUUCGAUCUAUCACCUCACUCGACUGUGGAAUUCAGUACCAUCUCAGCGGGGCCCUCCGGGACUGGUACAGUUCUUGUCGAUCCUCCUGAGAACUAUGUUGUGUCUUAUGUCAUGACUGACGAGGGGCCGGGAGGUUCAGUAAGAGUUACUCAAACUAUCUUGCCUUCUGGUGGUCAGCCUGGUACUUUUAUCAUCACCAGGCCUUAUCGCUAUGUGACCGAGACAACGGGAGCUGACUUUGGCAACACUGCAACCGCCCCACUCACAACAACCAUAACCCCAGACCCCGUUAACACUGUGGGAACUGUACUUAUCCAAACGCCCCUCGCAUACAUUACAUCCACAGUUGGCACCGACGAAGGACCCAGUGGCACAAUUACUGGAUCCAGCACUCAGCCAGCUUCUGCAGGUGCGCCGCCAACCUACUUCAUUCUUACGCCAUACCCGUACUCCAGUUAUACAACUUCGUAUGACAACGGGUACACAGGGACCGUAACGGUGACGGUCAUCAUCUCUGUAACGAACUCGCAGUAUGGUAGUGUUAUCUUCUCUACGCCUGGGCUGUAUGCCACACAGACCACCGGUUACGAUGCUGGCCCGAGCGGAGGACCUCCUGUGACAUCAAUUGCUUCCGCUGCCAGCAAUGCCGAUGGUACGGGCACAGUUUACAUCUCGACAGCAUAUCCGUAUAUUACGCAGAUCAGCACUACAGAUGUAGGUCCGAGCGGAUCUGUAGCAUCUCCUACGUCGGUCAUCCCCGCCGCUGGGUUUCCAAGUCCAACCGGAACGGUCAUCAGCUAUUUCACUGCACGUUAUGAUACGACGACGGUGCCCUAUAUUGGAUCCGGAAUUAUCACAGCACCGGUGACCCAGACUGUACCAGCGAGUGGAACUCCGCCGGUUGGCAGAAUCAUCGUCCAGACCCAGCCACCUGUCGUCACAUCUGUAGUCGGAUAUGACGAAGGCCCUGGCGGGACUGAUGUCACAUCAUCAACCUCGACUGGUCCGGGGGUUGCACCAACCAUUUUCAUAAGCACGCCGUAUCCAUAUAUCACUGCUACAUCCCAGAACAGCCUUACCUCAACGACUAUAACGUCUACAGUGCGACCAACAGGCACACAAACUCAGGGUACGGUGAUCAUUUAUACACCCACAGUUGUCACACCAACUUCAACGAUUGCACCUGUUCCGACAUUCGCCUGUCCAACAGAGGGCUACUUUGUCGCGGUAGCGAACAACAUUCCAGCUUUCUACAGCGUAAAUAUUGCUUCUGGGCAGAGGACCUUGAUCAAAAGCCCUCUCGGAGAUGGCACCCUUAUCAACGCUAUUGGCUACAACGCGCUGGACAAUACGCUCUACGGCGUAGUCAACACAAGUCCAUCGCCCAGACUGAUUCGCAUCGGAUCGGGCGGUGAGGUCGUCUACAGUCGGACACUGCCAGUUCAGGCCGGUGCUUACAACACCGGCGACGUUGAUGAGACGGGAACUUUUUGGGUAGCAUAUCAAGGUCGAGAUUGGGUACAGAUCCAACUCUCGACCUUGUCAAUCGUCGGUUCCGGCACCGCUGCCCUUCCCAUUUCUGUUUACGACUGGGCGUACGUACCUGGCGGCGGCAACUACCUCUACUCCGUUGCGGUGGACUCUACCGGUCGUACUUUCCUUUAUCGAUUUGAUCGGACUGCGAAAACCUGGGCUCAGGUUGGCACAGGAUAUGGCGUCAUCUAUCCAAGUAACGGUGUGGUGGGUGCCGUUUACGCAUCUCAGGACGGCUUCCUUUACGGAUCCGAGAACACUGGUGGCAAGAUCUAUCGCUUCUCUUUGAACGGUAACACUGCUGUCUUCAUCACUCAAGGCGCUACAGCUUCUUCUAACGAUGGCGCUCACUGUAUCAACAACGUCGCAGGAACUGUCUUCACUGCAGACGAGACCAUGGAGGCUUCAGGCACUGCGAAGCCAGCAUCGGCCUCUCCUAUCACGACAUUUUUCAACCCUCCCACACAUCCUUCACCGCCUUUUUACACUCACGUUGCAAACACAAACAUUGCAUCUCAAGCUGUAAGUGCCCGCGCGACCCGCCUCGUCACCUUGGCCGGGCAGAUAGGGCGAAGUGCUUCAGGAGAUCUUGCAACCUCUCUUUCGGAACAGGUGCGCAUUGCCCUGAUGAAUGUUCUGUUGUGCCUUUCGGCUGCGGGUGCAACAAGACGCGACAUCAUAUCCAUUCGACAGUAUGUCGUAGGGUUAGAUCCACAAGAAAAGGAGCGGAAGCGGUUGAUGCGGGCUUGGUUGGAAGGGCGCGAGGAGUUCGCUGAUGCCGACAACGAACAAGGUGGUCGGGCUUUUGGCGGGAGCGAGGCCAAACCACCCAACACGGUGCUUGGCGUACAGAGUCUAGCGGUAGAGGGCGCAUUGUACGAGGUCGAAGUCAUGGCUGCUGUCGCAGUUGCAGACACCACAGGGUAG